GCUUUAUUCCGCGGCCCAGGGUCAUGUAUUUAUAUGCACAUCUCCCUCGCCACCCUUUCCACCGAAGCCCAGGCACCGGAGACUUGUUUGCCAAAUCACUGUUUUUAAUUGCACCUGCCUUUCAGAUUACCUCUGGGAAUCUGGGGGAGGAGCCGAGGGGGCGGAAAAUGUUGCUUCGCUUUGCAAAAGGAGGAAAACUUUGUCACCCAGCAAGAGACCUCAGCCACGCGUAACCAGAACCAGCGCGGGCCCUGAUUCUGAUUUUGCACCCCAUGAUUCCGUAGGGGAAAGAGGACGCUCCAACUCCGCGCUCCCCGCCGGCCGCCACCCCCUCGGGUGGUGCGGCGCGAGUUACCUGCUCGACCCGCCUUCCCCGCGGAAGUCCCCACGAGGUGUCUUCAGGGUGGAAGGACAGUCAUAAAGAGCACGCGACUCCAGUUCAACGGCAGCGGCCAGGGGAGGCAGAGAGGGGACCGAACCUCAGGGACGAGGCACCGGAAUUAACUUCUGGCUAAAGUUAUGGGAAGCGCGGCCAUGGACACCAAGAAGAAGAAAGAGGUCUCCAGCCCGGGCGGGAGCGGCGGCAAGAAGAAUCCCAGCCAGAAGAGGCGUUCGCUGCGAGUGCACAUUCCGGACCUGAGUUCCUUUGCCAUGCCGCUCCUGGAUGGAGACCUGGAGAGUUCAGAAAAGCAUUCUUCUCGCAAGGUGGACAGCCCCUUUGGCUCGGGCAGCCCCUCCAGGGGGCUCUUCUCCAGAGGGCCCCAGGCCCGGCCCUCUAGCCCUGUGUCUGCUCCUGUGAGGCCCAAGACCAGCCCUGGCUCUCCCAAAACCGUGUUCCCCUUCUCCUACCAGGAGUCCCCUCCACGCUCACCACGCCGCAUGAGUUUCAGCGGGAUCUUCCGCUCCUCCUCCAAAGAGUCUUCACCCAACUCCAACCCAUCUACCUCACCCGGGGGCAUCAGGUUUUUCUCCCGCUCCAGAAAAACCUCCAGCGUGUCCUCUUCUCCAUCGACACCCACCCAAGUGACCAAGCAGCACACGUUUCCUCUGGAGUCCUACAAGCAUGAGCCUGAGCGCCUAGAAAACCGCAUCUAUGCCUCCUCUUCCCCACCGGACACUGGCCAACGCUUCUGCCUGGCCUUCCAGAGCCCGGCCCGGCCUCUGCUGGCCUCCCCUACACACCAGGCUCCCCUGAGAACUGCGGCGCUGGCGGCGGCCCCGGGACCCGCGGAAGCCGGCAUGCUGGAGAAGCUGGAGUUCGAGGAGGAAGAAGACUCAGAAAGUGGUGUUUAUAUGCGAUUCAUGAGGUCACACAAGUGUUACGACAUCGUUCCAACCAGUUCAAAGCUUGUUGUCUUUGAUACUACAUUACAAGUUAAAAAGGCCUUCUUUGCCCUGGUAGCCAAUGGGGUCCGAGCUGCGCCCCUGUGGGAGAGUAAGAAGCAGAGUUUCGUAGGAAUGCUGACAAUUACAGAUUUCAUAAACAUCCUUCAUAGGUACUAUAAGUCACCUAUGGUACAGAUUUAUGAAUUGGAGGAACACAAGAUUGAAACGUGGAGAGAGCUAUAUUUACAAGAAACAUUUAAGCCUUUAGUGAAUAUAUCUCCAGAUGCAAGCCUCUUCGAUGCUGUUUACUCGUUGAUCAAGAAUAAAAUCCACAGAUUGCCAGUUAUUGACCCUAUCAGUGGGAAUGCACUCUAUAUACUCACCCACAAGAGAAUCCUCAAGUUCCUCCAGCUUUUUAUGUCCGACAUGCCAAAGCCUGCCUUCAUGAAGCAGAACCUGGAUGAGCUGGGCAUAGGGACGUACCGCGACAUCGCCUUCAUCCACCCAGACACGCCCAUCAGCAAGGCUCUGAGCAUCUUCGUGGAGAGAAGGGUAUCUGCGCUGCCCGUGGUGGACGAGUCAGGAAAAGUUGUAGAUAUUUAUUCCAAAUUUGAUGUAAUUAACCUUGCUGCCGAGAAGACAUACAAUAACCUAGACAUCACAGUGACCCAGGCCCUGCUGCACCGAUCACAGUAUUUUGAAGGUGUCGUGAAGUGCAGUAAGCUGGAAACACUGGAGACCAUCGUGGACAGGAUAGUGAGAGCCGAGGUCCAUCGGCUAGUGGUAGUAAAUGAAGCAGACAGCAUUGUGGGUAUUAUCUCCUUGUCAGACAUUUUGCAAGCGCUGAUACUCACCCCAGCAGGUGCCAAACAGAAGGAGACGGAGGCAGAAUGACCACUGUGAAUGUAAACGCCCUCGUAGAACUUGAACAAGGCUUCUGGGUCACGUUCUGCCUCAUGAACACUGGCUGCAAUCGAAGAGCGUAAAAUGGCGAAGAAUGUAUAUCAGAGUUUAGUGAGGGGUAUUUUUUCCAGUGAUGUAAGCUUCAAAAAGAGAUUUUAUGUGCUUGAAGAUUCAGGCUUGCAUUAAAAGACUGUUUUCAGACCUUCAUCUGAAGGAUUUUAAAUGCUGUAUGUCAUUAAAGUGCACUGUGUCCUGAAAUGUUUAUUUUUCAUUUCAAAGAACUCACUGGUAUGGACAGGUGAGGUGACAUAAGGCGUGUGUGCGGCGUGUUGGAUCACAGUGCCUUAUGUCUGAACUCAGCAAUACGUCAUCGCUGCUGCCCUCCCGCCCGCCGAGUGCGCAUGAAGUGACGCCGAGCUCGAAUGUGGUCGUCUUGGAGCCUUUUACCAAAUCAGCCUAUUUUCACUAGAUUUGUCAAAAAGUUGUGAUUUGAACAUGAGCAAUUACUUUAAAACUUCAGUGACACUUUAACGUUUAAAUGUUUGUUCUGAGCUGCCGUGUAAACGAGGCUGGCCUUACAACAGCUUUAUUUAUUUUUCUUUCAUUCAGUUCUUUUACACAUCUUCUGGUGGGUGAACGUCACGUGUCCAUUAAUAAACUCUUGGUUGUAAUUUUAAAAUGACAGGUUCUCGUUAUUUAAGUUUGGCUCUGGAAAGGAUCAGUCUUCUGAAAUGGCGGCCGUUGGGUUUGGGAAGCAUGUGUGGAACACUGACAGGGCCGGGGUCUGCGUGCCGGGAAGACGUCUGGGUUUUGGUUUUUUUAAUGUGUAUUGAAAUGUAAAAUCAUGAUGUUCAUAUGACUGCUGAUGAGAUUGUAAAUUUUAUUAUGGCACAUACGUUUCCUGAUGUAAGUGCUCUGAAAAUGUUGACACUGUGUAUAUAUACAUAUAUAUAUAUAUGACAAGAGUUUGGGGUUUUGGGGUUUUUUUUUUCCAGACUGAAAAUUAAAA